AAACGGCGGCAGAGAUAGUUUGAUCGCGACGCCUUUGUUCGCCUGAUGACGGACCGCUACAAACGCCGGCGUGAGCAGGCAAGCGCGCCAGAGGAUCGCCUCACUUCCCUACACGAAGACCUCCUCAACUGCAUCCUCUCCUUUCUCUCCAUCAAGCAGCGCGUCGCCCUCUCUGCCGUCUGCUCCCGGUUCCGCCGUCUCCUCCCCUUCAUCCCCCGACUCGAUGCCUUCCACCUCGACGACGGGCUCAAAGAAGUCACCUUCCCCCGUGCCCUGAUCCGCCAAUGCCACGUCGUCGUCUUCCUCGACGGAGCCGAUUUACCCAAACCCCUCAUGCAGUUUAUCAUCUUCAAUCUCGCCGAGGCGGGCGUGCAAGACCUCAUCCUCGGAACCUCCGUGUUCAGGGGAUGGAUGAAUGUCAGCGGCAGGGAUUGCGGCUUGUUCGGCAUCAAGUCGUUGAGGAGUCUCUCGUUGAAUAACACCCGAGUGUCGAAAUACUCGGAUCGCCGCCCUCUCUCGCCCUUGGGCUGCGUCCUACUCACCUCCCUCAAAAUGGAACUCUGCUUCCUUCGCCAUGAUUUUCUAAGCAACCUCCUCGCCUCCUGCCCCCUCCUCGAGACUCUGCAACUCAUCUUUUGCUAUGGGCUCGUGGACGGUGCGGGCAGGCUAAGCAUCCACUCCGCCUCCAUCAAGCAUCUCGUCCUGUUCUACAUGAUCCCCAGCAUUUACGCCAUCGACAUCCAGGGUCCAAAGCUCGAGUCACUCGUCGUCGAGGUAGUUCCUGAGCUGCACAUUGAAGCGCCUAAGGUCCGGAACGCCUCCUUCUUUCUUGAUCACGACCUGCCAGAAGAUCCUCCAGUUGCUUUGAUGAAUCUUUUCGGAGCCGCUUCUCCACAUGGAGUCGCUUGGCUCGUGCUGAAUUCUAGCAGAACCCCAAACGGAUUAGCAGCACAAAACGGAAUUGAUGAAUUUAUUUAUCAUCAAUUUAUUUGUCCGAAAUACAAAACUAAAGUCAUGAUCUUCAAGCUCGACUUCAAUUUGAAAGAUCAAUCAUCAACUAUGAUACUGACCCAGUUGCUCAAGAAGUGCAAUGACAAUGCCAGAUUUGAUAUACGUGCAGAUUCUACGCGUAUAGAGAGCACCAUUGAAAACAAUCACUUUGUCCGUGGCUCUACAGAAGUAGAACUAAUUGAGUUACGAAUGAAAACGUUCGAGGAGACAUUUGAAGAGUUUUUCUUAAACCAGAAGGAAAUGGCAGAGGAAUUGAAGGAAAUGGGAUUGCAAUUGUUGAGAAGUCGCACAAGUAGGGAGCAGUUCGAGGAUAUAUUAGCAUCUGAGGAGUCUCUGUACCAAGUAUCUCCCGACAUUGCUAAUUGCAUUGAAAUGAAAAUUUAGUGAUUGUUUUUUUUUCUCUUGGUCCAAUAUAACUAGGAUUGAUCAUUUAGUAAUUAGUAAUGAUAUUGGUUAAAUAAAAUUAUCAUAUUUUAAUUAGUGAUGAUAAUUAAUGAUUAUAAAAUGUUGUCUAUUGAGUUAGUAGGAUCAUAUUUGAGCUAAUCGUUAAUGUUGAAGAGUCA